UUUUUUUCGUGCGCGUGGCUCGCGGGCCUAUUCGUCGCAACGGCGGUCGUGGGGCUCGCAGGUGGGUUCAGGAAGUUGUCACGUCGGGUCGGCGAGGGCGUGGUGCCACGUGACGGCUGCCAGGCGCGUUUUUUCAUGCCUUUCUAGUGUGUUACAGACCGCUAGCUGGCUUUUCGCAUCGGCGGCCGAUCCUGCGCAAAUACGUGCAAAAGGACCGAUUUCUGAGCCUCCCGCAUCGAUCCUUAACUCGCCUUCCGUGCUGCGCAUCACCAGACCCUGAGACAAGUGCUCUCUCAAUCGGCAAUUGAGUGCUCUCCCGGUGCUGAGCAGCAGUGAGAGCUCGACAUCAAUCGAGCCGAGGUGUGAAAUGAAGGCAACCGCAGCCCUCGUCGUCGCGGCGGCCGCAGCCCUCCAGCCCGCCGCCCCGCGCCGCGCCGUCCAAACGCGCCGCCACGGCUUCUUCGAGGACCUCUUCGGCAGCGACGAUCCGGCGAAGAACGCUGCGAAAGACGAGCAGUGGCGCAUCCAGCAGGACGUGCUCAAGCGGCGCCAGUCCAAGGAGGCCACGAACAAAUACUUCGACAGCGUCGACGCCAACCGGCAAAAGGCGACACAGGAGCAAGUAACGAAGUGGGCGUUCCAGCGCGACCCGACGCAGGACUCGUUGAUAGGCUGGAAGAAGCUGCGAGACAGCGGGGAGAUUGGCGACCUGAAGACGGGCCUCGGCACGGACGGCAAGAAGCGGGAAGGGGGCCUGCCGAUCCCUCUGCCGUCCUUCGGUCUGGGCGGCGAGGCGGGAGUCGGCGGAGAAUACGACAACGGCGAGCGCUUCGACCUGCGGCUGCCCUACGUGGACCAGGGCUACGAGGACCCCGACGCCGACGUCAUGGGCAAGUUGAUGGAUAUGUUCAAGAAGAAGCCAAAAGAAGAGUAAGAAUCACCC